CAGAAUUGGCGCAUGCGCGCUGUGCUCGCAGCUGCAAUCAAUUCGAAGUGGUGACUCGCCAGCCGCCGAGCCAGCGUGCGGUGUGUAGCUAUGUAAACGUAUCAAACUCCUGCAUUGCGAUUUCCAAAAUCGAAACUGUGCUUCGGAACCAUUCUACUAUGACCAGCGGGUGAUAUUUCUGCUACACUGUGAUCUGUUCCUGCUCCGGCGUCUGUUCUGGAGGCUGUUCGAAAAAAAAAGAAAAAAAUGCGCACAGAGAUUGUGGGUGUGCUUCUCCUGAUUACUUCGGUGCCGUGCUGGGGAGACGAAGUUCCUACAUGCCAGCCUAAAGACUUCCACUACGAGUUCACAGAAUGCGACGACCUAGGGGGCCGCUGGCGCGUGUCUGUGCCCCGUCCCGACGCCUGCGUCGGGGGGGCCCCCAAUCCCCCUCAGCGAGUGAACGACUGCACGACCUCCUGUGGUGCCGGUAUGUACCUGGACCGGACGCAGCUCCAGUGUGUCACCUGCCCGCGGGGCAAGUACUCGCUGGGCGGUGGACUGCGGUUCAACCAGUGGGGAGGUGAGCUGCCCGCGGGCUUCAGGAUCACCAGCGAAGCCAUUGAGUCUGGGUUCCGAGCCAAGAGGCCGACGGGUCCAUCGCUAGCGAAUUCCCCACCCAUCAUGGGGUCUACCACCAACUGCUCCAAAUACGGCUGGCAAGCCAUGUCUUCUUACGUGGCCUCGCGAGGCGGUCCCUGCGUCUCUGUGCUCACCUAUUCUGCUAAGCUGGUCAAGCCUGGAAUUCUAACUUACACCUAUCAGUACACGGACGACACGGUCAUCUUCAACUUUGAGGCCCAAAACGACCAGUGCCAGAGCAUCGAAAACUCCGAGAAAUACAAGUGGCCUCCGACUACCGAUGAGGAGAAAUGGAAGACCAUGAACGUGAACCUUCAAGCGGGAUUGAAUGUUUUAUAUUGGAAAACUGUCGGCAUGGACACCGGCGAAGGCAAGAUGAACAAGCCAGUUAAAAUCAAAAGCAUAGAAAUCAGUGGUGUGGCUUACACGUCGGAGUGCACCCCGUGCGAGCCUGGUACAUACAGUGAGAGCCCAGGUGCUGUCGAAUGCCAACCCUGUCCCACCAACACGUACUCAAUUGGAGAUGCAAGCUCCUGCACGCCGUGCCAAGAUAACCAAUACGCCCUGCCUGGUUCUGGAGAGUGCGUCAAGCGACCCGCAUGCGUAGCGAACGACUACUACGAGGUCCGAAGCGCGUGCGACCGCACCAACAUGACCACUAUCCACUACGAGUGGGUGACGCCGCAGAUCUGCAACCCCGCUCUACCGGACUCCGUGCAACUGCCGGUGUCCGGCAAGGUGGUGCCUUGUCCAUCCUGCAAUCCCGGAAUGCACCAUAGCAGCAAACUCAUGUGCGACUACUGCCCACCGGGAAACUACUCCGAUGGAUUCAAAGAAUGUCAGGACUGUCCUGCAUCGACCGUGCCCAACUACGGUUACUUCCUCAAGUCAUGGCAUGAACUGCCCAGUAACGUUGGGGUUCGCUGUAUGAGUCUGCAAGGGUUCGGCUGCCGAAAUGCCACAGCCUGGAAGCCCUCUGGCGAUUUUAUUCAAAGUGGCCAGGGCCACGGUGACGACGCUUAUCUCAUCUUAUCCAUGGACGUCGGGCGCUUCCGAAGUAAGGACGUGGUUUUCGGUGGAAGAACCAUGGCGUACGGUACUGUGGGAUUCACCUUUGAGCUGGACUGUACAGGAGCCUGCGAGUUGGUCUUUAUGGCGGCCAACUCACGCAGCGGGGUAUCUGUUAUCAAGUCAUGGACUGGCCGACAGGAGAAACAACAUUUUAGUCAUUACGUGAUCCAGAAUGGCAGCUACACCUUCAGUUGGGCCUUCCAACGGUCCUCCAACGACGGAACAUCAUCCAGGGCCAAUCGUCGGAUGAUUCCCAAUGACACGGCCUUCAUAUACGACAUCCGGGUCACAAAUACAGCCACGGGAGGAGCCGAGAAAUGCAUUCCUUGUCCGGAAGGGAGCGAGGCCAAAGGGUGUAUUCCGUGUGGCCCUGGUCAAUACAUACAAGACAAAGAGAAUCUGGUCUGCCAACAAUGUCCACCCAACACUUACGUCUCAGAACGUCUUCCGUACGGCGUAGAGUCGUGCAAGCCGUGUGGACCGGGACUUCGUAGCGAGGACGGACAGAGUUGCUACAGCGACUGCAAGGUCUUCCUGCAGCAGGGACAGGAAUUCGACUUCCACACCUUGCCGUCAUUUCUCGAAAUCCGUGGACGCAAAUUAUUCACGGCAAGCGGCACUCAGUAUUAUCACGCUUUCAAUGUCAGCCUCUGUGGCAACCACGGAAAGCCCGUAGCCAUGUGCGUCAACAACGUCACUUAUCACAUGCAAGACGAGUACCUUGGCGAUAUUGUGUCGUCACAAAUCUGUCGCUCGACGAUUGUGCCGUCGCAACAAAGUGAGAUGAGCACGCCACUCGCCAUACAAUCUGUCAGUCUGGGGGACGAGCUCAUUGGGAUCACCACAAAGUCAUCCUAUAACGAUAUAUCAGUCAUCAAGGAGUUCCAACCUGGGCCUGGACAGAAGCCAGACAUCCAUUUUUAUUACUACUCAUCAGCACCUACGCAGGCCUGCCAGAAAGGACGCGCCACAACAAUCACGUUACGAUGCGACAAGAAUGGCGGUCCAAAUGGCACAGUGUCUCUUCCAAAGUCUUGUCCAGACGGAACGUGUGACGGAUGCACCUUUCACUUUCUCUGGAGCACAGCGUUAGCCUGCAGGAUAUGCACGCCUCAAGACUAUGAGGUCGUCAAAGGGGAAUGUGUGAGCGGAACGCAGACGCUGCACUACAUAUCGCCUCAAGGGUGCAUUCCUAGAGGUGGCACCACAGAAACCAUGACCAAGAGUCAACCGUGCUCUGUAAUACCUCGGCAGCUGCAGAUCGUCAUUGGCAUCGGAGUGGGAUUAGGAGUUUUGCUUUUUGGCAUGCUCGUAUAUUUCUGGAAGAAAAACAGAAAGCUGGAGUACAAGUACAUGAAACUCGUGGCUUCGAGCUCAAGCAAAGACGGCGAGCUUCCAGCAGCCGAGAGUUGCGGUAUUGAAGAGGACGAGGAAGACCAUUUUGAGAACGGAGUCUUCGAUGGCCAAGACAAGAAAGGACUUCUACAAAAGUUUCGGACAGUCAGAAUUGGCAGUGGUAAGAGUGGCGAGGGACACCCCUUUGAGACGAUCCACCUGACGAAAGGAGAGAUGGUGUCCUGAAAGCGAACCCUUUCUUCUCUCCCAGCGGACACAGCCCGACAGGCAGAUGACAGGAAUGAUGUUGAUGUCGAUAGUGUUCCUUUUGAGAUGACACUCCUGUGGACUCACGUUCCAAAACUGUCGAAACAUUCCGAAACUCAAAUCUUGUCGAGAGUUGUACAAAAGAAAUGUGAUUCUGAUCUCUAAGUCAUCAUCGUAUAGGCUAGUCAUCUUAAAGCGCAAAAUUUUUCACCAGGGUGAGUUUAGAUUUCUCGCGAGAACGUUUCUGCGAUGCAGCAGACGACGACUAAGUCAUAUUUUCAGUGUUUGCAGAUUACCAUAUUCUCAUACUUUGUGUAAAUAUACACUCGCAUUUUGUGACAUAUUCGUUGUAUUUCCGCUGACAUUGCAUGUGACUCAAGUGAGACAAAUAGCGUACGACGUGAAUAUAAGCGACCGCGUAUUCCGCAGACGCAAAAAUAGGGGACACAGAAAUGUGGAGGUGCAACUGUUUUUGUACGUCAGGCGGUGACCAAAUGCAGAGUGAUGUAUUCUGUAGUGAUGACGUUAGACUGCCAAUGUAAAAGAGUUGUUCAAAAUAGUGAUUGCCGCUUUCUAGUCAAGGCCUCCCUCGCUUCGACGAUAUCUUAAAAACACUGCACAGCCUGUCUUAUCGUCCAUGCGUCAGAUAUCAAAACGGUUGUGUUCCUUGCAGCGGCCGGCGCUCUGUUGGGGCUGACAACGUGCAUAUAAACGCGACUUUCGAAAAACUCGCCAUAAUUGCAACUUUUAAGCUUCAGCCUGUGGUAUCGAACGGGGUCCAGGCCGUGUUCAAAGCAAACUGAAACAUCUGUAACAGCACACCAGCCUCGGCAGAACAAUAUCGCUGUGAGUUGACACCAAAGCACACGCUGUGCAUUGCUAAAACAGGUUGCAUAUUGCAAAGUGCCUCAAACACGCAGGAUAUAUCCCUGGGUAGGAAAAAAAAGAAAAGAUAGAAAAAAAAAAACGGCUGGCGGGCAGUACGUUACUAUUUUAAAAGUACUGUGGUCGAGAGAGGUUGGUGGUAGAGACCAAAUGUUUGUUGCUUUUUCCCGCCAAAUAUUUAUCUAGUCCCGGCCAUGCCUGUGUACAUAGUUGCUGACUGAUAUUCGAUGUAAUAGGUGCAAAGAAGCGUAUUUUCUUAAGAAGGCUAUAUUUGUGGAAAAAGGGCCAUCCUCCAUUUGGUGCCUUCAAUGAGACACAACUUGGAAAGGCACUACUCUUCGUGUGCAGUAUAUGUAAUGAAAACUCAUGUGAAGAGGAUAUCUCGUGGUUUUUGUCUUCCUUCGCCCGUUGUGUUUUGGCCUGUAUAAGGUUCCAUACUCAUUUAUUUAGGCUGCUUUUUCGUCUGAGGAAGGUCGGUAAAGCAGCUUUCUCUAGCCCACGGCCAAAUGUACAGGACUGAGUACCCUAUAAAGUAAAACUCCUCUUCCCUUUGUUCCUCCGAGUGGAAUAUUUGUUCAUGGUCGCACAGACGGCUCAGUCCGAGCGAUAGUCACAUGAGCAACGUCUCAUCGCGCAGUGAAGAGGUAUUUUACUCCAUAGGGUGUCAGUCCGGUUGUAGCGAUGAUGGGAGUCACCUAUAGCGAUGUGUUGGUAGGAUAUAUGCUUCAUGCACCUCUGGGUCAGAACGAGCUGUCUGCGUCACCAGGAGGAGAUUGUAGUUAUAAGAAAAAUUGUGUGUGUGCAAAAACUGCAACGAAGCUGUUCAGGGCGAAAGAUCUUAUCGUUAUAACAGAGUUCGAUAUGCGCAACAUUGGUUGUGACCUCGUCAAGACGAGGCAGACAUUGGACGUAAUUGGUUUGACAUGUCUCGCAGACAAGAACAACGACAAGUCGACAACAGAAACUUUGAGAAGGACCUGACCUUUUCGCAUGAACCUUGCAAAACUAGUGCAUGAUGAUAAAAAUGUUCUGCACGUUAUGGUUCGAAGCUAAGUUUGAGGGGGCUCCAUAAAAGGUGUAAAGAAGGCCUUGAGGGAUGUAAAUGUCGCAUGUCUAGCUUAAAGCCUCGCUGUUUUCUUAGCAAAUAAACUCGUUUUUCCACGCUA